AUGAAGCCACGGAUUUUGCUGACCUUUUUACUGACAUUUUUCUCUUCACGUGCAUGUCAUGGCUUAGAGCUGGCCUUUCUGCUCCAGCCCAGUGACGUGAUUGCUGUAAGGGAGAGACCGCUCAUGCUAGACUGCCGGGUAGAGGGCGAGGAACCCAUCACUGUGAUAUGGCUUAAGAAUGGGAAACCAGUGCCCACAGGAGCUGGUACACGGGCCACACUUCUAUCUAAUGGCACCCUGCUAAUCCAGAGCUUCCAGAAGAAACGAGACGGCAAUUCCACUGAUGCUGGAGAAUACUACUGUGCUGCCCAGAACCGUUAUGGUAUGCUGGUCAGCCGUAAGGCCCGUGUUCAGCUGGCAUCUCUGCCUAAGUUUCACACUCAUCCAGAAUCCAUGACGGUGGAUGAGGGAGGAGUGGCACGUUUUCAGUGCCAGGUGAACAGUAUUCCUGAGGCCAGCAUCACAUGGGAGAAAGAUCGUAUGACCAUCAGCACAUCAAAUGAAAGGUACACGCUUCUCCCCAUGGGUAUCCUGCAGAUCACCAGGGUGAAGAAGUCAGAUGCUGGAGUUUUUCGCUGUGUUGCCACCAACAUUGCUAACACCCGCUAUAGCCAUGAAGCCCUGCUCAACGUCACUGGUGGAGCGCCACGCACCUACAAGGAACCAGUGAUCCUGUCUGGCCCCCAGAAUCUUACUAUCACCAUCCAUCAAACAGCCAUUUUGGAGUGUAUUGCUACUGGAAACCCCAGACCUAUCGUGUCUUGGAGCAGACUGGAUGGCAGAUCCAUAGGUGUGGAAGGAAUCCAGGUCCUGGGCACGGGGAACCUGAUGAUCUCUGAUGUAUCCCUGAAGCACUCUGGAGUGUAUGUGUGUGCUGCCAAUCGUCCUGGUACCAGGAUGAGACGUACAGCUCUUGGCAGGCUAGUAGUUCAAGCUCCUCCUGAAUUCAUCCAGUGGCCACAGUCUGUGUCUAAACCAGUAGGGGGCAGUGCAGUGUUCACAUGUGUGGCUCAAGGAGUUCCUGAACCUCAUCUCAUCUGGCUAAAGAAUGGCAAGAUCCUCACACCUGGAGACAACGUCAAACUCACCAACAACAACAGUACCCUGGCAGUGACUCGUAUCACAUCUGAAGAUGAGGCCAUCUACCAGUGCAUAGCUGAGAACAGCGCUGGCACCAAUCAAGCAAGUGCUCGUCUGGCUGUGUCUCUGGCCACAGAGCUGCCUGACUCUCCUGAAGGGCUGAAGGCCACACCUCUUUCCAAAACCACCCUGCAGCUGUCCUGGACUCAGCCUCCAAUAGAGGUGACUGACAGCAUCAUCGGAUAUGUGUUGCAUAUCCGCAAAAUGGGUGAGCCAGAGACCAAAGAACUUCAGGAGGCUGUGAGCAAGACAACCUACCAGCAUGAUCUCACCAACCUGGAACCUGCCACCACCUAUGCCAUUUAUCUGAAGGCCUAUUCUCCUGUGGGUGCGAGCCAGGAGUCCAGCACUGUUGUUGCUACAACACUAGGGGGCGUUCCUACUCCACCUGCAUUCUUCACUAAAGUGGUGAAUGUCACAUCAGUGCAAGUUCUUUGGGAGUUGCCUAACAAGCCAGGUAAAGUUGAGGGUUUCAGACUCUCCUACCGCCGGGUCCCUCAUGGAGAUUUUCAGGACCCAGUUCAGAUGUCAUGCCACACUAAUGUCCACACCAUUGCACACCUUGAUCCUGGAGCUGUCUAUGAAGUUAAACUGGUGGCCUACAAUGGCAACGGAGAAAGUGACUGCUCCAAGCGACUGGUGUCACUGGCAGAGGAUGGAACCACUGCUAAAGCCAGUGCUGAAGAGGAGGGCAGGUGCAACUGUAGGGAAACUGAGAGCUCAGUAGCAGGGAUGGUGCUUGGAAUCCACAUUGGCAUGGCCUGCAUCAUCUUCUGUGUGCUCUUCCUCAUGUUUGGAUAUCGCCGCAGUUUCCUCUGCAGGAAGGGGACUCAGGACAGAUGGUCUGUGCCCAGGGGUGAGGAUGGAAGACACCAUGGUCACAACAAUGGCAUUUCUAAACAUGGCGCACCACAGCUCCAAGCCAUCGAACUUGUGCCUCAGGGUCAAAACCAGGCUUUCCCAAUGCAGUGUCAAGUUCUUAUAGAGCAGCACUCAUCUGGUUUGCCUGGUACAGAUGCAGGCACUGGCUAG